AUGAAAACUCUCUGCUUGAUCGCUCUCGGCUUGGCCGUCAUGGUUGUGGCUCAAGGACCUGGAGGUGGUGGCCGAGGAGGCGGUCAGCAAGGUGGCCAAAUGGGAGGACAACAAGGAGGCCAAAUGGGAGGACAGCAAGGAGGACAGAUGGGAGGACAGAUGGGAGGACAACAAGGAGGACAGCGAACUGGUCAACAAGGAGGAUUUGGAGGACAACAGGGCGGUCAGAUGGGAGGCCAACAAGGUGGACAGAUGGGAGGACAACAAGGAGGCCAAAUGGGUGGACAACAGGGCGGACAAAUGGGCGGACAACGUGGUGGACAGAUGGGCGGACAAGGUCAGAUGGGCGGACAAGGCCAGAUGGGCGGACAAGGUCAGAUGGGCGGACAAGGUCAGAUGGGCGGACAAGGUCAGAUGGGCGGACAAGGUCAGAUGGGCGGACAAGGAGGACGCCCUGGAAGAAGA